GCGCGCCGAACGAUCGAUGGUCGAUGCCGCGGCCGUCGUUGGAGAUGAUACGUCCUUGAGCCAGACUGCAACAUCGCCCAAUGCAUCGCAGAAGUCGCCUCUGACCUUGCCAACCCACCGGCAGGUCCAUGACACGUACAAAGUGAUCACACCUGUGAACUCUCCAAAACGUGCUCCUGCAUCGACCGACCCCGUGAGCCCACAUAGUUCCGCUGUCGUGCAAAAGAGACCAAAUCUCCAUCUGAACUUGAGCAUCAUCAAGUCGGCUCCCUCUCGCCCGCUUGUGCCCAGUGCCACGGGUCGCGUGAAGAAGGUGACACGUGACAUUGCCGCCCUCGACUUUCUUCAAAACAUACCCAUGUCAUCCGAGUAUUACAGCUCAACAAACGACGCAAGCUACCUCAACUCGCCAGUGCCACACGACUCGAAUGAACCCGGUGGAGUCGUCAUGUCCGACAAUGAGGAUGACCAUGCGCUCGCUGGCCGUCGACUUCCUGGACCAGACUGCCAGGUCGUGCGGAUGCCUCCAUUGAUUCGCUACCGCAUGACAACAAAAUACCCCCCGGCAUCGGCCACCGUACGGCUUUGGGAAGGCAACAUGAACGAGCAAGGGCUUCUGAAUGGCAGGAUAUUCCUCUCGAGCGGCAAGGGUUACCCCGUCACAGUCACAUCUGUGAUCAAAUACAAUGGGAAUCAAACCAAGGUGCGGCACCCCGUGAGUUAUCGUGACAGCGUUGUGACUCCGUACGACUGGCGGGGCAAGUCGUACUUCCAGCUCUUGCACUCUACGUGGAGCAGCUGCGAUAUGGACCGCGAUGCCCAAGAUAAGCAUCCUGUGCCGCUGCAAUACCAACCCAACUUUCUCGACAAUCCAGAAUACCGCCAAGGACGGCAUAAGGACGUGAUACGAGGGGACCGGAAGCUCGGGCCCAUGGUCAGCAGCAUCAUGCGCUUUGUCAAGCCCAAUGACUUGAAAGAGGAACUGAACAAGCAAUUUCGAGAAGCCCACCCUUGGCUCCACGACUCCGACCUGAGCUUGAGCAAGAUCCGCAACCUCAAGCAGGAAGCGCUGCUCAUGGGCCAGCGCAUUCACCUGGACAUCUCGACAGUCGCCCUCGCGUGUGUGUACUUUGAGAAGCUCGUGCUGGAAAACUACGUGACCAAGACCAACCGAAAGCUGUACAUGUCGGCGUGCUUGAUUUUGGCCGUCAAAUUCAACGAACCAAGGGUACUCGUGCCUCUUCCUUCGUUCCUUCUUCGUGUGGUGCUUCAUGGAGUCAAUCAGGGCACUGACGAUCUCUUGGUCGUGGUCAAGAAGCUCUUGGUUGAGAUCGACCAAGUUCACUCGAUACCAUCACGUGAUGUGCUUGCCGUCGAAUUUCGAGUGUACGCGGAACUAUCGUUUGCGCUGCACGUGCCGCUGACCGAGAUACAAGUGAGUUCCUUUUGCUGAUUUAACAUAUACUUGAGUAACCAACGUGUCUAGCCGCAUUUCGCGCGGUUGCUCAAGUGCAUGGAAAGCAACCCCCGCAAGUACUUGGGCGAAGACAUCUUUUCGUUCUACUCAAAACUCGUGCACGAUGAGGUGGUAGCACCCCUGCAUCGGACCGACGACGACGACUUGGACGACGAUGAUGACUGCACCGAUGGAGAACACUUGCUCAGCGACGCAGAAGAACUGGAGGACGAACCGACCGAGACGGGGCGCACGUCACUGUUCCCGUGGAACCAAGUGUCGUUUACGCAGUGGUGGAAGGAUCGGACGUAGCGUCGAAUUGAAAUGAAUCGGCCGGGUGCAGGCCCCACGUCAAGUUGUUUAGUAGGUGUCGCUCGGACUAAACUCUGAUGGGCGGAACGACGUGCUCGGAUUCGAAUGCCAUGUGA